AUGGCGUCUGCCUAUCCUUCGAUUGUUAAGGACGGUGCUCCUUCGACUUCAAAAACCGCGACCUGUAAACCAGAUCUAGAUUUCUCUCAACCGUGGACGAUAAGUGACUUGGUGCUUGUAGUCGAAGGAAAGCGCUUUCACGUUCACCGUUGUAUUUUAUCGAUGUGUUCACCUGUUUUUGACAGAAUGCUUACGUCCGACUUUAAAGAGAAAAACGCGUCAGAAAUUCCUCUUCCUGGUAAAAAGGCAGACGAAAUAGAAGAACUUCUACGGGCUAUCUACCCUUAUGUUGAACACCGUAUCAAUGAAGAAAAUUGCUUUUCUUUAUUGGAACUAUCUUGUGAAUAUCAAAUGGACAGAUUGAAAAAACGAUGUGAGCAGUAUUUCUUAAUCAAGAAUAUGUCAAGCGAAGAAGCUUUAGAGUUUGUGGUUAUGGCUCAAAGACACCAGCUAAGCGAUGAACUGAUUCACCGCUGUAUGUCCAAGUUUGUUUCACAGGAGACAAACUGGGAAACUCUGAAGAAGAAUGAGUUGUUUUCGCAGUUAGAGCAAAGAUAUUCCCAGCAACUAGUAGAAGAGCGAGUCAAAUAUCUGGAGAAGCGUCUGGCAUCGUGCAAGUCAACUAUUGAAAUUCUUAAAAUGAAGAAGAAUGAUAAAGAUGAUGAUGACCCUGGUUCCCUUUCUUUUCGAAGGCAUUUUCUCUUAAGGAAGAGGUUCCGGGAUCUUGAUCGCCCUACACCUUUUGACUAA